UGAGCAUAAAGUGAGCAGUUUCAAGGCAUAUAUAGCUGUGUACUGUCCUCUUCAUUCUUACAAAAUGAGUAGUUUUGAGGUAAUGUCUCUUUUCCUCUCCAUCUUGAUGUGUCUGUAACAGUAGUACUUUUCCAUGGAAUUGAGUGGGAAAAAGUAUUGGAGUGAUUAAAUUACUAUUUCACUUCUACAAAUCAACUCUCAACAUUUCUAAAGUUUCACCACUUCCUCUGAUUUUGUGGGACCAGGUCAGGCCUUGUUAAAGCAACUCACUUCUCUGUCUUUUCUUCUCCAACACUUUACCUCUUUCAAGAUUCCCGUAGCCUCUUCUUAGUUCCUUCCAUUACCCCAUCUAUCUAUAUUGUUGCCAAAAACAGUCAAGAAACUAUAAUUUACAUGAUCAUGAGCUACACCUUUUGAUCUAUUAAUAUAAAUAUAUCUGAGUUAGUUUUACUGUUGGUCAACUUUACUCAUAGUUAGUUUUAAAUUCAUUAUUAGGUUAGUGUCAUGCGGAAUGUUGGUUGGCUUUUACAUUUAUGGAACCAAACUUUCCAAAUGACUACUUAUUUCAACCAUCAUGAUCAUCAUCACAAUCCAGCCACAGUUUUGCUCUCUCUAUUCUUCUUUCUUCUAAUCGCCAUGGCGGAUCACCCACGAAGAAUUUUGAGAUCGUCAUCGGUGGAAGAAGCUUAUAAGGUCAUCGACAAGACGACCCGUAGAGAGUAUUCGUCAUUGUCGUUUUCCCCAAUGGCGCCACCCCAAGGAAUUCCAAAGGCCGGGACAGGGGUCCAUAACAGCAACCGCAAUAGUAAUAGUAACAGUAAGAGCAAGAGCGUCAUUGUUCCAUCAUCGUCACCAUUUUUGGGGAAAAAUGGCUGCGGCAGCUUCUGCUUCAAUGCCAGUGCUCAUGAAGUUCCUAGUGGCCCAAACCCUAUUUCCAAUAGGUAGGUCAGUAGGUGUUAUUAUGUAAUAAUAAUUGCUUGGUGAGCAGUUUAAAAUCUGCAUGUGCCCUUUUGUUUCUUAGCCGGAUUGGUGAUUAAUUAUUGACACCAUUGUUAUGUGAGGUUCUCAAUUAUAGUGUAUGAGACGAUUUUGUAGAAAUAAUUUUGGUAUUUGUUUUCCAAAAGGAAAAAUAAAGAAAAUGAAUGUUUAGAAGUUGGAUCAGAUCUCCAUCAUAUCAUACUAUUAUUAAUCAUUAUGAAUGUCUUUUCUGUUCUCAUUUUUGUUCUUCACUCAUAGGUUUAUUAGGUUUUUUGACUUUUCUCUAUGCAUCAUCUCAUCAUCUCUCUUUCUCUCUGAGGGCCCCCCAACAUUUACCGGAUGCACGAUGGGAGGAUGUAAAUUGGACUAUAAUCACAAUCUGACAUAUAGAGAGUGGAGCUCUGUCCCCGGUACUUGCAGAGGCCCUAUUUAAUUUUUAGCAUAGUAACCCCUCAUCGCAGUUGCCGGGAUUCGAACCCGAGACCUAACCCUUGUGGCACUCCCUCGCUACCAGUUGAGCUACGGUUAUAUUCGUAGUUAUUAAUAUGGAUGCGACCCUUGAUUUAUGGUGUUUACACUUAUAAUAUAUAGUUAUGAACUUAUUUGUAAUAUGAUGAUGUAUAUAUAAUGCCGCUGAUGAAUGAUGCUCCGUAUGAAAUAUACGAAUAAAUGUGUUUUUGUACACAAAAGAUAAAUGAGAUUUUGUGUUCUUGACAGGUGGUUUUUGAAAUUUGAGAUUGAUUGAGCUGAAA